GCACACAUAUCUUCACUUCUUUGUCAUGCAAACUCUUUUCUUUCUGUCUUGUUUCUCUUUCUCUUCUUCCUGAUCCACUUAUCUUCAUUUACAAAGAAGCCAAAGUUAUGGGUUUGGUUUAAACCCUUGUCUUGUUUUCAAGUUUUAUUGCAUUUUCACAUUUCCCACAGUUUCUCCCCUGUUUCUCUCUGUUCUACCCAAAAAAAAAAAAAAAUUUCUCCUUGGAUAAGAAAAUGUCCUCCUCAAGUUUCUGUCAAGGGUUACAAUCAUGUCUUGAGCCUUCCUCCAAAGAGCCAUGUGUUUUGGGGCUCGAUUUGGCUCCAUCCAAAUCCAUUUUUUCUCGAUCAUAUUCUCCCCGUAAAUUUUGUUUCUCUUCUCUUGACACUGAAGAUAACAACACCUCCAUCCCCGCAAUCACAAACACAAAAAGCAAUGAUUGUGACAGCAAAAGUGAAGGAAUUGUUGACUUAGGCGGCUGGAGUUUCCUCCAGUAUGUCAACAACACUUCUUCUAAUACUGAGAAUGACAAAGUUUAUGUUCAUCCUCUGGUUAAACGGUCGGCUUUUUCACUCAGUUCAAAGAGCCUUGAAAUGUGCACUGAGAGUCUGUGCAGCGAAACGGGUAAAGAUCAAAUGAGUGAAAAUGGUGAUGAUUUUUCCAUGUUUUUAGCGGAAGCAGAAACUGAGAUUUGGACCCCAAAAGAAGAACCUUGCAAACUGCCUCAGAGUUUAAGUUGUGUGACGAAAAGAACAAGUCGUUGCGCUAGUUUUCCUCCUCCUUUAACUUCUGUUUCCGUUCAAGUGAGGCGUCAUAGCGAAGGCGGGCGUCUAGUUUUAGAAGCCGUCGCUGUCUCCCCUUCCCCCACUUACUUUCACGCAGAACGCAGCGGUGGAAGGCUCAGGCUUUCCUUGAUGAGGGACUGUUCAGAAAAAGCAGAUGAAGUAGAAGAAGAAGAAGAAGAAGCAGAAGAGGAAGAAUUUGAAGAAGAAGAACAGGAAGAAGAAGCUGACUGCGGUGAGGAUUCUGAACGAAAUAAUAAGAUAAUUAAAGAUGAAAUCGGGGGAGAAAAUCUGCGGAGGCUGAGCAGAUGCAAAGAAGGCGAACGUGGGAACAAAGGACUGCUUAAUUGGGAGCCAUAUUGGGUGGCUACUUGAACUUUCAAAGCUACCCUCUUGCUAUUUCUCUUUCAUCACCAUAUGGAACUGUUAACUUUCUCUUGUAGUCUAUUUUUCCAAUAAUUUUAGCCUUGGAUAUUUCCGUACCGUGGAUUUCCUAAAAUAUGUUAAUGGUAGUUAUUAUCGUUAUUGGA